GUUCUGGCUUGGCAGCCUCGCACUCCUGAAAAAUUCGGAUCCAGGUGGCAAAGGGAGAGAUGGGUGGAUCCAAGACCAGUGUCGUUUUGCUUUCGAUGGUCUUGUUCAGCGGAACGUCCAGCGAUGCUCGUUUUCUUUCCUAUAAUUUCACCAUUGAUCCUUGGCCCAGAGAUGAUCAGCCAUGGUGUAAGGUUCAAGGAGAUGUUGAUCAAAAGAUCUUUCUCUCCUAUGACUGUGGUAGAGCUCAGAUCAAGUACCUUAGUCCACUGGGAGAGGAAGUGAAAAGUAUGAGCGCCUGGGAAACACAGACUGACACACUCAAAGACACUGGAGACUUGCUCAAGGGGCAAAUGCCUGACGUUACACCGGAGAAACACACAGACAAGGGCCCUCUCACCCUGCAGGCCAGGAUGACAUGCUGGCGUGAAGGCAAUGGACACACCAGUGCAUCCUGGGAGUUUGGCUUCAACGGACAACUGUGCCUCCUCUUUGAUUCGAAGAAUGGAUGCUGGACAAUGGUUCAUUCUAAAGGGAGGCGGAUGAAACAGAAAUGGGAGAACGACAGGGCUGUGACGGACUUCUUCAGGAAGGUCUCCAUGGGAGACUGUCGGGCCUGGCUUCGGGAUUUUAUGGUGUGCUGGGAGAAAAUGUUGAAGACCUCGGCAUCACCAACCACAGGCCCCCCUACAGUGAAGUCCUCGGCCACAGCCAUCAAGCACAUCACCUGGAUCCUCCCCGUGCUCCUCACCAGUUUCGUCAAAACUGUCUUCCUGGGCUGAGUCCUUUUCAGGAGCAGGAGACGGUGCUCCCAGGAAGCAUGGCAGGUGCUCUGUCUGCCUUUCUCCUGCUCUUCACUUUAGAUCCAGGACAUCAGACCCCAUGAAUCCUGAGUCUGUUUUCCGGAUACGAUGUCACAGUAGAUGCAUGAUUUCAUGGGCUUUAUCACACUUGACGAAAUCCUACACAGCAUUUCUAAAAAAAAAAACCAGAAACAAUUUAUUUAGCCACCUUCUCCUGGUGCUAAGUGAUGGAAUUUCUACACUGAAAUGUUCAAGUACUUGAAGAAAUAUCCACAAACGGGACAUUUUUCAUUGUCUUCUAGUUUGUGGAUAAUUAUACUCUGCCUCGUGACCUCGUUCUUGUAAAUGAUAUUGCAAGAAAAAUACCAUCUGCUAUUAGAGGACUCAGGGAUUCUUUCUGUGUCUGGAGAAAUCACCUCAGCCUAUUUUCAAUAGAAGAAAGUUUUAUUUAUGACUAUUUCCCUUAAUAAUUUAUUAUGCUGAAAGGGAAAGUGUUAGUCGCUCAAUCGUGUCCAACUCUUUGUGACCGCCUGGACUGUAGCCCGCCAGGUUCCUCUGUCCAUGGGAUUCUCCAGGCAAGAACACUGAAGUGGGUUGCUGUUUCCUUCUCCAGGGGACGUCUCCAGCUCAGGGAUUGAACCUGCGUCUCCUGUGUCUCCUGCGUUGGCAGGCAGAUUCUUUACCAUCUGAGCCACUGGGGAAGCCUGUUUAUUAUGCUAGUGCUAUUUAAAUCAGCAUCUCAGGACUCCAGAAAGCUUGAAGUAUGUGAGAGUUUUGUUUUCUAACCCACAAGAGAGGUCAUGAUGUGUCACCAUUUCUCCGUCUUAUGGGAUUCAGUGCACCUGGUGAUUCUGAGGAAACAGGGUCUGAGAGGACACACGCAGCUCUGCUCACAGCAGCCGGAACCUAGAAGCCACCUAAACGUCCACCCACAGGUGAAUGGAUAAAGAAGAUGUGGGACAUAUACACAGGGCAGUAUUACUCAGCCAUCAGAAAGAAAGAAAUAAUGCCAUACGCAGCAAUGUGCAUGGCCCUGGAGAUUGUCAUAUUGAACAACAUAAGUCAGACAGAGAGGCAGAGGCACCUGUUGACAUCCUUUAUACUCAGAAUCAAAAAAGUGAUACAAGUGCUCUUACUUACAAAACAGAAAGAGACUCACAGACUUAGAGAAUGAAUUUAUGGUUGCCAGUGGGAAAGGAUGAGGGGAAAGGAAUAGUUAGAGAGUCUGGGAUCAACAUGUACACACUGGUUUAUUUAAAAUGGAUAACCAGGAAGGACCUACU